CCCCCUUCGUUUGUGUCUUACGUAAAACGCAGCUAUUAUGCGAUUUGCUGUAACCAGCCCUCCCUCCUCGGGGGUGACAUAUUACUGGAGUUUGCAGGCGGAGCCGGUUUCCCUGAGAGAUAAAUUGUGUGUGGCACAAUUGAGGAGUCGGGUACUAAACUGUCCUUUUUCGUUUCCUGUGAGGAACAGUUAGCAGCCAGAGCCAAAGCUACCCGAUCCAAACUGUUAAAUCCGGUAAACCGAUAAAAGGGGGAUACUAUUUGGGAGUUAACAUGUCGGCAAAUAAAGAGAGUGACGGCGGAUGGAAGAAUUUUCUGUGGAAUUCAGAGAAGAAGGAGUUUCUAGGACGAACAGGGUGUAGUUGGUUUAAAAUCCUCUUGUUCUAUGUGAUAUUCUACGGAUGCUUGGCAGGAAUUUUCAUUGGAACCAUUCAGGCAAUGCUGCUUACACUAAGUAACUACAAACCCACCUAUCAGGACAGAGUCGCCCCCCCAGGUCUGUCACAUACCCCACUCUCAGACAAAUCUGAAAUUGCAUUCAAUAUGUCUGACAACUCUACAUAUAAGAAAUACGUCGAGAGUGUGAAGAAGUUCCUUGGACAGUAUGCUGAUGAUCUUCAGAAAGAUUCAAUGAAAUAUGAAGACUGUGGAGACACUCCUCAGACAUACAAGGAGCGCAGUCUUCCCGAAGGUGAUACAACACGGAGGAAAGCCUGCCGUUUCCACAGAUCUUGGCUGGGCAGCUGCUCAGGGGACAGCGACCCCACUUACGGCUUCAAGGGGGGAAAGCCGUGCCUUAUUGUCAAGCUCAACAGGAUCGUCAACUUCAGACCAAGGUCUCCUUCUAAUAAUGAGUCAAUCCCAGAGGCACUGAUAGGCAAAUCACUGGCCAACCUGAUCCCCAUUCACUGCAAAAAUAAGAGACAAGAGGAUGAAGGCAAGAUUGGAGAGAUCAAGUACUUUGGCUUAGGCGAAGGCUUUCCUCUCCAGUACUACCCAUACUAUGGCAAGCUACUACACCCCGACUACCUGCAGCCAUUGGUGGCCAUUCAGUUUACCAACCUCACUAUGAAUCAAGAUAUGCGCAUAGAGUGCAAAGUAUAUGGCGCAAACAUUGACUACAGCGAGAAAGACCGCUAUCAAGGACGUUUUGAUGUUAAGAUCACCAUCACCUCGUGACCUCAGCCAUGACGAGCACUUGUUUUUGAAAACUAAAUGUAGAGAGAACAAAACAGAUUAGAUGAACACCACUAGUCUUUGAACAUUCAUAAUAUACAGGACCUACACUUAAUCCAUGUGCUUUACACUAGCUUUUCUGUGUGUUUCUUGAGGGUUAGAAUGCAAACGAGUAGCAAUAGCAAAUAUUUAUUCUACUGAAAAUGAAAAUAUUCCUUGAGCCAUGGGAUGCGUUCAUCUGUUACUGUACAACCACAAUUCCACUACUGACGCGUAGCAAGCCGUGUUUCUGUCCCCCAAGUAUUUCAUCCUAAUGUGGUUUCUAUAUAUUUUUUUCUAUAUAUUUUUGGAGUGUCCAGUGCUGUAGUCUAGUCCUGUUGUAAUCUCUUCUGUCUUAUGUCAGCUUUAGCGGUCCAAGGUGUGCAGAUGUGUUAGUUUAUGUGAGUGUGUGGAGUGUGUGUUAAUGUGUUCUGACUAACUGAAAUACUAGCAUGGUACUCUGAACCUUUAAGGCCCUUGUAUGAGUAAAUGGCUGCGCUCCACGGAAUCUUUUUUUUUUGGAUCUGUGUUCCUUUAUCUAAGUUGUACGCCUUUUCUUUGUUGUUCACCUGUAGGAUAUAGUUUAAUGACAUUUCAGUUUGAUACUCUUACAUUUGCUCAUUCUUAAUUCAUAGUGUAGAGCUCUGUGGGUCCAGCCUAGAAGACUGUCACCUCCAUGGAAACAGCGGCAACCCAGUGCUUUGAAAUCUGUUUUGCUGGAGACAUCACAUGACGUGAUGCAACUUACUAUUGAAUGUUUUAGCCAUUUUCAUGGUGAAAGAAUUUUAUAUUUAUGCAGUUGUACAUUUUUUUUUUUUCCAAAGUGAAAUGUAUGAAUCCAAUACCAAAGUCGCUGGUCAAAAAGUUUGAGAAUAUCAGAGGCAAUGCAGUAUCCCGUGUAAUAAGAUGUUUAGUUGGUGUUAAAAUACUUAAUUCAAUGUUGAAAAUCACAAAACUUGUCAAGACUCUGCUCUUGUCAGUUUAUUUAAUCUGCAUAAGGCUGAAACAAUAAACAGAAAACUGAAAAAAC